AUGUCUCGUCCACCAGGAAGAAAGCAGGAGAACCACAAAAUAAACAGAGAACUUUUUGUACUCACGUAUGGGGCUUUGGUAGCCCAGCUGUGCAAGGACUAUGAAAAGGACGAAGAUGUCAACACCUUUUUAGACAGAAUGGGAUACGGCAUUGGUGUAAGGCUGAUUGACGAUUUUUUAGCUCGUUCAGCUGUGAAAAAGUGCCGCAGUUACUCUGAAACUGCAGACAUGAUUGCACAGGUUGCUUUCAAGAUGUACCUUGGGGUCACUCCUAGUGUGAGCUGCAGUAACACAGCAGGAAAUGAAUUCUCCUUAAUCCUGGACAAAAACCCACUAGUGGAUUUUGUGGAGGAGUUGCCAGCAGAACGAGCAUCACUUUGCUACUGUAACCUCCUCUGUGGGGUGAUUCGAGGUGCCUUGGAAAUGGUUCACUUGGCAGCAGAAGUUACCUUCCUUCAGGACAGGCUGAAGGGUGAUGCUGUGACAGAAAUAGGAAUUACAUUUUUAAGGAAGGCUGAAGACAGAAAGCACAAAAGAAAUAAGUGAAAGAAAUACUGGAGAAACCCAUGGUGAGGGAUACUUUGCACCUUUUGUUCCUGAAGAAGACAUGCAGGGUAAAAAUGGCUUCAUUGAGCCAGGUGCACCAGUCAUACAUUUGA